AUGGCCGGAGUCAUUCAAGUUGGCGACAUCAUCAAGUUCUCCGAGAUUGCCUGGACGGUUUGGAACUAUGGUUGGGCCUCUGAGAAUAAUGCAGGUGAAAACUAUCGCGCCUUUGGCGCUGACGUCCGUACUUUGCACAGGGGUCUCAAAAGUCUCGACGAUGCCGUCACAGAAGUCCAGACGUCGCUCCGUGAGCACGGCGCUGAGAGCAGCGAUAUCCUAGGGGGCGACAAGACAUCACUAUCGGAAAUCAUUGGAGAUUACGAACAGACCUUGAAGGAUUGCCACCAGCUCCUGAUAAAAAACCGACGAUAUGAUCAGACAACCGGUCCUGCGAGGAACAUUGACUGGAACAUCAACAUCAUGCCCCAGGUUGAGCAUCUGCGAGGGCGGAUCCAGAUGCACAACGCACGUAUUCAGCACGUCAUAAGGCCAUUUCAAAUCGACCUCCUCAACAAGAUCCAUAAGGAUUUAGUUCGAAGGUUAACCAGCCUGCACAAAGAUGUACUAGGUAUCAGGAGGGACAUACAUACCCUGCUUAUCAAAUACUACCCCGAAGUUGCCAGGGAAAUCGAGCAACAAUCCGAGCAGGAGCUCCACACUGUCCGAAUCCCAGAGUCGCUCAUAGCCAGGCUGGCGACCAUGUUUGACCGCCGCGCCCGCCGCAGGAUAAAUCAACCCCUUACGCUCCAAGAGUUGACAGACUGCUUCUUGAUCCGCCUUGGAAGAAGUACUCGAUUAUCGCAACAGUGCUCCAGGUUCCAGAAUGAGCUCAUUGCACCCGACACCUCGGAUUGCCCAGAUGAAUUGCUCACAUUUUGGCCCGAAGAUGAAAAACAAACGAAAAAGCCCCAACAAGCUAUUGGGUCAUCGUACAACUAUUUGUUAGAAGUGUCACUCGCCCCCGAGUCGGAUCCUACAACAUGGAAAAUGAUGCGGUUGUUGCGCAAGAAUGGCUCCGACCGACACUUUCGGAUCAUUGAAGCCUGGGGAUACAAUGAUCAAUUAUCCACGGAAGAGCCCACCGUGGUCGAUUUUGACAUUGAGACUGCCGCUCUCAUCCCUAUCUACGCUGAUCCGGCGGAUAAGGAUGGCGUGUCUCCCCCGCUGGAGAUUAUCAUCGAAGAGAACGAGAAGUCCUACCGCUAUGUAUUCUUGGACAUGCACGAUCUGCUGUUAGUCCAAGAAGCGAUAACAGGCUUCAAAGUUUUGGCCAAUUACACAGAAUCUCGUGCAGUAGCAAUGUUUGUCCGACCAGGACAGGAUACUUCGUUGAAAGAGAGUGUAACAGUCCAGCUGUGGUUGCCGUCAAAUAUUAAGGGAUUUCCCCAAAAGGAGAGUGGAAGCGGUUAUAGAAGGCCGAGCUCAUGGUCACAAACUUCAGUAGCACCGAAUCUCGACUCGCCAAGCCGUGCUAACAGCAUCGUAUCGUCUCCGUCUACCGCAGCCGUAUCGUGCAGAAGUUGGAGCAGCUCGGAAUCCGAUGACACCAUCUCUCUCAGAGUUGGGGGAGCAGCUGCCAACACGGGCCACGGCGUGAUCCGGCCACGCCCACGCAGUCCACUGCUAGUCUUGUUCACAAGGGAACUAGAGUCGUCGAAACGCUCCAUUGUGGCUAUUAAAGUCGAUGAUGAGACAGUACCUAACCCCGAACGUUGUAACUGCCAUAAAUCAAGGGACUGCCGCAUCGCCGCACUUGAGCAAAGGUAUGGAAAGUUUCACGCGCAGCGACUAGAGCAUCGCGAAAAGUGGAAUCUCCUGCCGCUCCAAGCUGCGCCCAAUUGGAAUGGACUUUUGCGUGUUAGCAUUUUGUUUCCCACCACAGAUGCAAGAUACAAAUUUAGUGGUGCAUACUGCGGGUGCAGAGUAGCGACUGAGAGUGACAUUGACAGAUGUCUUUCGAAGUCGCAUCCAGGACUUUUGGGUAUAGCCCGGGUUUAUUACCGGAGGCAAAUGAUAAUGUGGCAUGAGCAGAGGGACAAACUAAAGGAAGUGGACACUUAUCCGCCGUCCGGAUUUUCCAAUGCCCAUCAGUAUCUUGGCCAUGGUUGA